AAAAAAAACUUGCUUUCAUUUCACAUAUAUUUCUUUUUGUUUUUAGGGUUAAGUAAUGUGUAAAACAUUUGAUGUUGGUUAAAGGGAAGUUAUGGAGGCUCUUGAGGAAGUGGUAGUUUGUCCUUCUAAGGACCUCUUCCACAUCGUUAAGGGCAAAAGAACCAAACGUCUUAGACUUCAAUCUCCAAAUAUCCCUUUCUCAAUCACAACAUCACAUGAUUCAUUAAACGCAUGUGAUAUCGCAAUAGAAAAUAGCAGUAACAACAACAAUAACAAUAUUAUCAACAAUAUUGAUAACAAUAAUGGAGAUGAUGUUGCUUGCAAUGAUGAAGGCAUUGCAUGUAACGACAACAACAUCAACAACAACAACAACAAUAAUAAUGAAGCUCUGUCUUCAGCCGCCUCGUCUGAGGUGUUUAUCAACACGUUUACCGAGGAGGAGGAGGAAACCGCCAAGUGUCUUGUCCUAUUGUCUAAAGGGCGCAAUGACCAUCCCCCUCCUCGUAGGUUGAUCAAUAAUAAUAAAGUCGAUUUUUUCAACGAGGAUUUAAGGUUGUACCCAACGAAAUUCAAUAGUAAAAGGUACAUUGAGACAUCCACCAACUCCAUAGAUGGUACAAAAGCAGGAAUUUACGUGUACGAAUGCAAGACAUGCAAUCGUACAUUCUCGUCUUUUCAAGCACUAGGUGGACACAGAGCAAGUCAUAAGAAACCAAAGACAUUAAACACCGAGUUUAACAAGAAAUCAUAUUUUGAUUUCUCAGAUGAAGAUGAUUAUCAUUUACAACACUCACCAUCAACAUUGUACAACAAAAACAAGAAUACUAACAACAUCAACAAAAACUUGCCAAAUUCUUCCAACAAUAAGUACUCUUCUUCUUCUCCUAGAAUUCAUGAAUGUUCAUAUUGUGGUGCAGAAUUUGCCUCAGGACAAGCAUUAGGUGGUCACAUGAGACGCCAUCGUGGGGGCACUAACGUAAAUUCACCUUAUCAUUUGAGCAAUUUAAGUCCAGCAACUUCUAUAGAUCAAGAAUUUGGUAACAAUAAUAAUAUUAUGAAGAAACAAAGAGAUCAUGAGUUGUCUUUAGACCUUAAUAAUCUUCCAGUUCAUCAAGAUGAUCCUGUUGUAUCCUUAAAACAACAAGAUCAAGAGCAAACACAAAGGCAACUUGUUGAUUGUCAUUAUUGACAAUA